AUGGCGCUAGCUCCCUCUUUUAACUGUAAAAUCUCCCAAAAAUCAUUUUCUCGUCGCACAAACCCUAAUUUCACCUGCAACCAGACACAAAUUCCCACGCGAUUCCCUGAAAAUUACUCAUUUUUCUCAUCCUUCAUCAGCGAACAAAAGCUGCGACGACGUCGUUCCUUGGUUCGAACCAGUUCAGAAGAAGACCCAGCUCAAAAUGGUUCAGAGGAUGAUGAAGGUUAUAGUCUAGGCGUCCAAGCGGCACUGUGUGUGCUCAGGUUCUACAAAAGAGAAAUAUCGCCAUUGUUGCCGAGAAGCUGCCGAUAUGUCCCGACUUGCAGCGAGUACUCGACGAUUGCUUAUAAAAAAUACGGUGCUGUGAAGGGUACUGUGUUGACCGUUUGCCGCAUGUGCCGUUGCAAUCCUCUCGGAGGAUCUGGUUUUGAUCCCCCACGGUGGUUUGACGAGCAGAGUCCACCCAAGCUGUGA